AUGACGAAAAAUCCAAUCGCAGCUUUCCAAGCGGGAGUGGAAGAUAAACUUGGAUUCAUCUCGACCGAGUUUAUCAAUUGGCAAGGAUACGUUUUAGCCUUUUCGUGGGGUGUAUGGGCUUUCGAAACAUACUUGAUAUACCGCCAAUUCCCCAACUAUUCCCGCCCACACCCCCCAACCGCGCUCAAAUCCCACUUUACAGACGAAGUGUUCAAGAAAUCCCAGCGCUACGGAAAGGACAAGGCCAAGUUUGGUCUCGUGUCUAAGUUGUAUUCGCAGCUUUUGGAGACUGCGUUGAUCGUUUUCGGUGCAUUCCCUUGGGCGUGGAAAGUCUCUGGGAACCUGCUGGCCAAGUUUGGGUACGGUCCGGAAUACGAGAUCACCCAUUCGAUCGCAUUUGGCACGGUUCUGUUCUACCUAAACACCCUUCCGAGUCUACCCGUUUCACUCUACAGCACGUUUGUCCUCGAGGAGAAGCACGGGUUCAACAAGAUGACGUUUGGGUUAUACGUAGCUGACACGUUGAAGGGCUGGGCCGUUGGAUUUGCGAUUGGUGCACCAUUCAUGGCUGCGUUUUUGAAAAUUGUGGAUUGGGCGGGUCAGAGCUUUGUCCCUUGGUUGAUGACCUUUUUCAAGUGCAGGGUUGCAUUCCAAUUGAUUAUGGUUGUCUUGUAUCCAACGGUCAUUCAGCCACUUUUCAACAAGCUCUCGCCCCUCGAGACCGGAGCCUUGAGGACGCGUAUCGAGGCCCUUGCUUCCCGGCUCAGUUUCCCUCUGACGGACCUCUACGUUAUUGACGGCUCCAAGCGUAGCGCUCAUUCCAAUGCCUACUUCUACGGUCUUCCUUGGAGCAAACACAUUGUUCUCUUCGACACCCUCAUCAAGAAAUCUCAACCUGCCGAACUUGAAGCCGUACUCGCCCACGAACUCGGUCACUGGAAAUACUCGCACCCGAUGAAACUGAUGCUCGUCUCUCAAAUUCACAUGUUGGCUUUGUUUUCGGUCUUCCCACCUUUUAUGCGCUCGUGGCCCUUGUUGGCUAGCUUUGGAUUCCCUAUUGGACCCGAGGCAAAGCCGCCUGUUUUAGUUUCCUUCUUACUCUACCAAAUGGUUAUUACCCCUAUCGAAUCCGUCGUUGGAUUCCUUCUCAACGCGCUCAGUCGGAGGUUCGAGUACCAAGCAGACCAGUUUGCGUGCGAACUCGAUGCGCAAGGUCUUGGUGGAGAAAAGGAGGAAGGCAAGACCGAAGAGGAGUCGACUAUGCGCGCCAGGCUCGGGAGAGCGCUUGUUGCUCUACAUGCUGAGAACCUUUCCACUGUUUGGGUAGACUGGAUGUAUUCUGCGUACCACCAUUCCCAUCCUACCCUUACCGAGAGGCUACGUGCUAUGGAUGCAUACGCGCUUAGUCAAAAUGGCCGUCCCAAGACUUCAUAA